AUGCGGCGCUGGUGGUGCAACCUGGCGCCCGCCGCGGCCUCGCUGGCCCUCGGGCUGGGCGUGGGCGCGGCCUGGGCCGGGGGGCAGAGCCCGGGCUCGCCGUCCGCGGAGGGGCUGCUGGCGCGGCUGCCCGUCGUGCCGGUGGCGGCGGCGGCGGCGUCCUCCUUGGAGGUGGCCCGGGGCGGGAGCGGCGAGCUGGCCAAGUACGGCCUGCCGGGGCUGUCACAGCUGCGGAGCCGCGACUCCUACGUGCUGUGCUACGACCCGCGAGCCCGGAGCGCCCUCUGGGUGGUGGAGCGGCUGGACGCGGCGGCCCUGCGCGGCUCCUCGGAGCGGGCCGCCUGCGACUUCCGCGAGGACGACUCGGUCCACCCCUAUCACCGGGCCAGCAACGCGGAUUACCGGGGCAGCGGCUUCGACCGAGGCCACCUGGCCGCCGCCGCCAAUCACAAGUGGAGCCAGAAAGCCAUGGGGGACACUUUCUACCUGAGCAACAUCGCCCCGCAGAAUCCUCAUUUAAAUCAAAACGCCUGGAAUAACUUGGAAAAAUAUUGUCGAAGUUUAACAAAGACUCAUCAGAAUGUUUAUGUCUGCACCGGCCCGCUUUUCCUACCCAGGAUGGAGCCGGAUGGGAAGAUGUACGUGAAGUACCAAGUGAUCGGGCGGAAUCACGUGGCCGUCCCCACCCACUUCUUCAAGGUGCUGAUCCUGGAAAAGCCGAGCGGGGAGGUGGAGCUGCAGUCCUACGUCCUGCCCAACGCCCCCGUGGACGAGCAGACCCCCCUGCAGCGCUUCCUGGUCCCCAUCGAGAGCAUAGAGCGGUCAUCCGGCCUUCUCUUUGUCCCCAACAUCAUGAAAAAGACCAGCAAGUUGAAAGCAAUCGCUGCUGGGAGCGCCCCAUGAGAACCCCCGGCAGCGAGAGGCGUCCCUCAAAGCCUCUGAAAGCAGGCAGUCCUCG